AUGGGCAAUUUGGGCAUUGCGGUUGUUGACAAGUCUGACUUGCUCAUCGAUGGCAAGUUGGCUAUCGCAAAGUCGUUUUUGAUAGACGCUUUCCUAUUUGGCACAUUACAGCCUAAUAAUUGUUGUCCACAGCCAAAGGGUUGUUGUUCAACUGAGCAAAUAACACCAAAUUUGUUCAAACCUCUACCUCUGUUUCCUCAACCUGGAUUAUUGAACACGAACCCGUUAUUUCCUCAGCUAGGUUCACCUUUACCUCCUCUAGCUGGAUUAUCGUCUUCAUCAUCAUUAUCGUCAUGUUGCUGCUGCCCCUCACCAUCACCUGUAAAUCCUCCUCUAUUUCCCCCUCUAUUACCUCCUAUGUCGUCGUUGUUUCCACCACUCCAGUCCAACAAUUUAUGUUGUACUCAGUCCAGCAAUCAACUCCAGUCAAUGUGUUGUCCUUCGAAUCCAUUAACUCUUCCACUUUUCCCGAGACCAACAGUGCCUCGUCCAUACAUCAACGGGCCUAUGCCUCCCGCACCACCUUUGGUUUUACCGCAACCCAGACCUCAACCUCAAAUUAUCUACUCUCAUCCACCAUCGACGAAGCCGUUAGGCGAAGGCCUUAUUGUACCAGUAAUGCUUCCUAGUACAUCGCCAACGUCCUCGCCUCUAUCGAGUGGAUAUGAUACGGAAAUUGAGGAUCUGGUGAGCUCCUCCGAUAAUAAGGAUUCAUUUCAAUCUUCGGAUGGUUACUCAUCAGUGAAUGACAAUAACUCUGAUAAUGGUCAGUCAGAAUCAGAAUAUUUCCCGACAGUACACUCAAAUGUUGACGCGUCUGAUCUCUCAACAUACUCUCCAUCAUCAAAGGAAUUCGAUUCGAAGUUGGAAAGGAAGGAAUCGGCGCGAUAUAAUCUGGAUGAUUAUAAUCGAUAUGACAAGAUUGCUGAUGACGUUCAGAACCAAUGUAAUAAUCAACGACUGAAAGCCAUUCUCAACAAGUGGAUGGUAGCUUCUGAUGUGGAGCACUCGCAAAAAGUAAUUCAGAAGGCGAUUACACGUUAUUUUGAUCGGUACUUGUUGGUUUGUUCACCUCAUCCGUUGAAUAUCUCUCUAACGAUGCCCUCAUUCUGCGCACAUUCGCUCGACAACGUCUUCUGCUACUUGUCAGCAGCAUAG